AUGUUUAAGGAUGACGAGGCGGCUGCAGCCCACUGCCGCUUCUUAAAAUGCUACUGCAAAACCAUUCCGUUUGAUUCAUUUCUUUUUUCUGUUAAAAAUUUAAGCACAGCUCAUUCUUCUUUCUUGCAGGUGUGGUUUCAGAACCGGCGCGCCAAGUGGCGCAAGAAGGAGCACACCAAGAAGGGCCCUGGGCGGCCGGCGCACAACGCGCACCCGCAGACCUGCAGCGGUCAGCCCAUCCCCGAGGAGGAGUUGCGGCGCAAGGAGCAGGACCGGCGCGAGAAGAAGAUCAAGAAGUCCCUCGAGCGGCAGCAGAGGAAGCUGGCGGCGAAGGGCAUCACCGUAGACCUGGAGACGCUGCGCACCGAGUGGGAGGCUCAGCAGAAGGCUAAGAGCAACAAGAACAACGGCGGUCACGGCGGCGGCGGCGGCGGUGGCAGCAACAACAACCCGCUGAGCCACUCCGGGGCUGGGGGCGGAGAGCAACGCGGGGCCGCGCACCCCACCUGGCACAUACCGCCGCCGCAGCUGCACUGCGACUGGUCCAGCGGCUGCAGCGAGAUCAGCUCGCGCCUGGGCGACCACCGCGAGAUCGACGUGGUGGGCGACGAGGCCGACGACCGGGAGGAGCUCGUCGACGAGGAGGCCGUCGACGACCGGCACCACCAGCACCGGAACCGUCUGCUGGGCCUGACCGACGACGAUUACCACAGGAGGACGGAGGUCCCGGAGGCGAUCAACUACGUAAAGAGGGGGUGCAGCCCGAGCCCGGAGCGGCGGCCCUGCCCGAGCCCCGGCGCCAGCCCCUGCGCCAGCCCCUGCCCCAGCCCCGGCCCGGCGGCGUCCCGCGGCCCCGCGUCCCCUGCCAGGCAGCUGGACCGGCGGAGAGCGCUUCCACCCCUGCCACCCCUGGCGCCCCUGGCGCCCCCGCUGCCGCCCCUCGCCGCCGUCAAGACCGAGCGGCCGCCCGCCGCCCCCGUGACCCUGCUGCCCCCGGCGGCCAUCAAGGCCCGCCGGCUCAACCCCUUCAGCAUUGAGUCGCUGCUGUCGAGAAGGUCGCCGUCACCGCGACCCGUCUGACACAGCGCAUAUCAUGUCAAUGCGAGCAUAUUUUAAGGAAAAUUGUUUGUAUAUAAUGUAAAAGUGAGCUAGAGACUUAGACAAAGAAAAGAAAAAGUAUUAUCACCUGUUCCUGUUUUAAUUUAUUUAUGUUAGUUUAUGUCGUUAUUUGUUUAUGUAACACGGAUAACCACUGGGGAGGUUAAUGGAUCAAAGAAGUGAAAUAGUGUUUUGCGUCUGGGGAAAUUAUUGUAAAAGGCAAUGAAGUACAUCAUAUUUGUGGUUCCUCUUCUGUGACACGAAGUGGUGCGGAAAGAUCAAUAUAAUAGUAAUAAUAAUAAUAAGACUGCCGCCGUCAAUAAAACAUAUCUCUUCACACA